CGGAGCUCGAAACUUGGGCGCCGGGCAAAACAGAACAUGGAGUCAUAGUGGGCUGCUUUAGUCCGGCACUCCCUGCUCCACACUCCGAAGUCCGUCGCAUUGUAUUUUAUAAGACGGUCGGCUUGCAAUUGAACACCAUUACUACAACAAUAACAGUCACCACCUCCAAAAUGGCAUUCCCAACCCUCCACGCCCGCGCAGAGGCCAAGCCACUCGAGCAUCGCUCAUGCCUCACGCCCACCACAGCCAAGAAGCUGCUCGAUGCCGGCUACCCUGUCCUUGUCGAGCGUUCACCCAAGGACCCCAACUACGCCCGCAUCUUCGCCGACGAAGAGUUUGAGCAAGCCGGCGCAACACUCAUUGAAGAGGGCGCAUACAAGACAGCGCCCAAGGACCACAUCAUACUUGGUCUCAAGGAACUGCCUGAGGACUCAUUUCCUCUUGAGCACACAUUCGUCCACUUUGCACACUGCUACAAGCAACAAGGCGGCUGGGAGAACGUCCUCGCUCGCUUCCCCCGCGGUGGUGGUACUCUCUACGACCUCGAGUUUCUACAGGACGAGUCGGGCAGGCGUGUUGCUGCCUUUGGAUACCAUGCUGGCUUUGUUGGCGCCGCCCUUGCCAUCAAGACGUGGGCCUGGCAGCUCACCCACCCCAAUGGCGAGCCCCUCCCCGGCCUCGACGCAUUCACCGACGGCCGCGGUUACUACAACAACGAGGACGAGCUGAUCGCUCAGCUCAAGGACGAUGUCGCUGCCGGUGAAAAGGUCGCGGGCCGCAAGCCCAGCAGUUUGGUUCUUGGUGCCCUGGGUCGCUGCGGCUCGGGUGCCGUCGACCUUCUUGAAAAAAUUGGAUGCUCGGAAGUCAAGAAAUGGGAUCUGGCUGAGACUAAGGAGCGUGACGGCCCCUACCCCGAGAUCAUCGAGUCGGACAUUUUCGUCAAUUGCAUCUACCUCUCCAAGCCCAUUCCUCCCUUUGUCAGCAAGGAGAGCCUUAAGUCGCCAAACCGCAAGCUAAGCGUCGUAUGCGAUGUUUCCUGCGACACCACCAACCCCCACAACCCUAUCCCCAUCUACGACAUCAACACAACCUUUGACAAGCCUACGGUUGAAGUGCCCGUCGAAGGCAACGGCCCUAGACUCUCCGUCAUCUCCAUUGACCAUCUUCCAUCCGCACUUCCCCGCGAGUCAUCAGAAGCCUUCAGCAAUGCCCUACUGCCUAGCUUGAUGGCCCUCAAGGAUCGCGCCACAACCCCUGUAUGGCAAGGCGCUGAGAAGCUUUUCCAGGAAAAGGUACAGACGUUACCAGGUGGUGUCCCCAAGAAGGAGGUAUAGAGCUGCCCACUGGCAGGAUGAUAAUACCCUGCUUAGAUGAUGUUAUGAUUCACACAUGAUAGAUAAAAGUAACUAAAUGAAGCGCACAGUGACCUUGUUGUCACAGCUUUGUGCGCAAUUUAUUAUUUCUUGACACGCUUAUGCGCAUCUGCUUUAUUCUCUAUCCCCCUGGCAUGAAAUUUGUAUAUGCGAGCUGCUUCAGUCUUUCACUUGAUCUUGAAUCAGACUGUUAGGAUGAUAAUAAAAAAACGAAUAACUUGAUUCAAUUCCUC